AUGCUGGAGAAGAAGGACAGCUCUGUGGAGGAGGUCUGCUUUCUCCUCUUUGUGGAGGAGGUCUGCUUUCUCUUCGUGGAGGAGGUCUGCUUUCUCUUCGUGGAGGAGGUCUGCUUUCUCUUCGUGGAUGAGGUCUGCUUUCUCUUCGUGGAGGAGGUCUGCUUUCUCUUCGUGGAGGAGGGUCGCACAUUACAAAAAAUACUCUUGAACCGGUACUUCAAAGGCGAUUACGGGGUUGGCAUGAAUGGACACCUAGUGGGAACCUACUCCAAGACUUCACAAGGAGGAGCAGGCUUCUCUGGACAGGACUUAGACAAGACGGGAAUUUCAGUAUCUGAUAUCCAGUGUCUGUUGGACAAAGAAGGAGCCUCCGAACUUGUCAUUGACGUCAUCGUGAGCACCAAAAAUGACAGGAUCUUCUCCGAAGGCAUCUUGCUGGGCAUUGCCCUGCUCGAAGGAGGAAACACACAAACCCAG